AUGCACACCACCAAUGUCGCAUCGUUUUUGUCAGUUUUAAGUGCUUUCCUCGCAACUACAACCACCGUUUCUGCUUUCCCAAGAGCCAAUGAAGUUUUUGCUCGCGCAACAUCUUGCCCAGCAGGAAGUUACUUCAACACCACGAUAGGAGCAGGUGGUUCGUGUACUCGUUGCGAACCUGGCAACUUCUGCGCUGGUAGUACCACCGGCAAGAAACAGUGCAACAGCGGCACGUUUCAACCAGCCCCUGGUCAGGUCUCGUGUAUCUCUGCAACCAAUGGAAGCUAUGUGCCAAACAACGGUGCCACUUCCCAGAUUCCGUGCGCCAUCGGAAGCUACCAGCCCUACGCUGGCAAGAACUUCUGUUAUGGGGCCCCGUCUGGCCGAUUCGCUGGCCAGCCUGGGAUGAGGGGUGUUUGUGGGACAUGCUGUGGCUGGGCUACCGCGCAAAGCAACGGCAAUUCUGCCAUAUUCAAGUGCUCGGGGUCCACGCCGUUUUCGGGCCGUGCCUCUGGUUCGGGUUGUGUUUCCACCCGUCAGGGAUGUGACCCCGUUGCAACUUGCGCUCAAGCACCAAAUGGCGCCUGCCCGGAUCAAUCUUUUGAAUUCGUGCAGCCCCCGCCUGCUUAUCCUUCGGCAAACCCAUCUCAGAGCUCGUCACGACUUGUUUCAAGCUCCUCCCAGUUGCCUUCGUCUUCUAUUCGACCUAGCGCAUCAUCUUCAUCCCCGCUGCCGUCUAUGUUGAUGCCGCUUCCGUCCUCAUCACGGCUGCCUUCGUCUUCAGUUGUACCAUCAUCAUCAUUGGCGCAGUCAUCCUCUGCUUCGCCUUCGGUUGCGCCGUCAUCGUCUGUUAUCCCAUCAUCAUCAUCAUCAGCGCCAUCAUCAUCAGCGCCAUCAUCAUCAGCGCCAUCAUCAUCAGUGCCAUCGUCGUCUGCGCCAUCGUCUUCUGUUGGAUCGUCGUCGGUGCCAUCAUCAUCUGUGCUAUCGUCUUCUGCUUCCUCUUUGGUAGCACCAUCAUCAUCAUCAUCAGCAGCGCCAUCAUCGUCUUCAGUUGUACCAUCGUCAUCAUCAGUGCAGUCAUCCAGCCAGUCGCCCUCCCAGUCCGCGUCGCCUUCCGUCUCCAGUGUUUCCCAAUCGCCUUCGCAGUCCCCCUCUCAAUCUUCUUCCUCACAACCGGCACCGAGUCCUUCCCCAUCCCUAUCCACAUACUCAUUCACUGGCGCCCUUCAAGCCUUCAGAGUGGCCGACAAUUCUGCGCUCGGCUAUCUGAUGCACACCACAAACAACUUGAACCAUGUGGCUGUUGGAACGAGCCGCGCCGCUGCCCUCAACUUCCAAUUCUCUGUAACAAACUUCGGCCCCAGCGGAUCUCAACUAGAUGUUACUGCCCUGAACACGCCGUACGUCAGCAACUACCCACUUUUUGGGGGAAUCGUUGGACCCGUGAGCACUUCGGACGAUCUGGGUCCCGGGAGCUACAACUACGCGUUCCCCCAGGGCGUAACGCACACGAGCCCCGGGUCUACCCCGCAAAAGGUCCCCAACUCGUACACGGGCAACCCCAGCUGCGAAUCUGCCAUCUGGUCGUUCGAUAACUCAACCAGGCUCCUGACCCCGCAAUGGAUCAACACUGACGGGAGCGCUCCUGCCACAUACAUAACCAACUUGCCUGGCUACACCAUCGUGUUGACGGGAGACCCGGUGGCUUUUCAAAACACUUUCGGGCUUGGGGGAGAUGUCAUCUAUCUCAAGCUCGUUGACUAA